AUGAUUUGCAAAAAUUUAUUCUCCACCGUGUGCAAGCCAGCUGAGUUGGCCCAUUGUGAAAUAAAGCCGGGAAUGGGAGGACUACAGGAAGAGGAAGCCUCGCGUACUAUUGCUAAAUAUUAAAUCGUCUACACUUCUUCAUCUUCCUCGUCGGUUGGUAGGAUGAUCACAACUAGAUCUUGGUCGCUGCGGCAAUAUCUACUUCUGUUAAUAUACUUGGUCAAAGUAUGAACAAAACCUAGGAACGAUUCAUCAGUGCCUCUACACAGUAGAUGAAUGGCAACCACUGAAAUAUUAUCGCUACAACUUGCAAGCAGCCACUUCCUUCAAUUUCUAACUUCAGGCUUUGUUGGGAAGCAGACUGGUGUGCGGUGCCUUUCCGGAUGUCCUCUCGAUAAUUCUUUGGUUGAGUAUAUACGCACUAGUACGGUUUGAGAAGAAAGAUUGCGUUCCCCUUCCUGUCGAUGCUGAUGAGUAUGAAAAUGAAUUUGAUUGAUCUCUGUUGCUUCUUCACGUGCAGGCUUGACAUACUAGAAAACCACUGUAGCCCAUAACUCUUAAAAUUCAUCAGAUUUUUUUGAAUUUAUCGAAGUAGGUGAGCGUGAGCAAUAAGUUUUCUGUAUCUGCUUGUUUCCUCUUCUUCUGCUAGUAAUCAUCUACAAAUUUAUAUUUUUCGAGAGGCGUUGGCUUCGUCAUUCUCAUCUUCAUAGCAUAGCUUGAUUACAUGACCAUCAUGAUAUACACAAACGUAGUACUUCUAGAAGCAUAAGGAUACGGAUAGGCCAAUGCCAACUAGGCCGUCGUCUCCUCAUACUCUGUGACUUUCGCACCAAGUUUCGAAGAAGAUGCACAGUUGUUAUGAAAAGAAGACUAAUGAAAAAUCGUACUCACGAAGAACAUGCAUGUCGCUAUUUAUGGUGCAUAAGCUUACGCCAUGAACAUGAUGAUCGUUAGUCCAACUUUUAUCAGUGAUGUUGUUUCGUAUUCAUUUUGUCAUUGUUCUUGUAGUUUCGUAUUCGUGUAUUCGUAUAGAAUGAAAAGAUGUUGAAUUACGUAUGUUAGUUAACAUAAACAUAAUAUUGAAUCGAGCAAACUCACAAUAUUGAAUCGAACAGAAUAUUGAAUUUAAGCCGACCUUCUCAGAAAGGUUGUCGUUACAUGUCAAAGAACGGAAACAAAACCAAGGGGGAUCAAAUUAUAAAUGCGGCUCACUUAGUAUACAGUUACAAGGAAGAGGAAGUAGUAGCACCACCAAGUAUGAAAACCGCGAAAACUCAUCAUGAUAAACAAGUUAUAAAUGUGAAAGGCUUUUGCUUUUCUUCUUGUGGUACGAGCUGCGGGUGUCGCCUGGGC